UUCCUUCAUUCCACUCGAUGCACAAUGCACACCCCACCGCGACUCUUAAAUGCAAUGGACUCAGACGAGACCAGCGAGGGCUCGGUCAUCGAAGAAUCACGAUGGCAGAACGGGGAGGAGCCGGUCCCAGACCUAGAUGAUAUCCUCGCGCAAUUGCGACAGGAGAUCGCGGCGUGGCUCGAUGCAAGAGCCGAUGCAUCGUCUCUCGACAUUGCGACGGCUUACGACGAACUGCGCCACCUCGACACCAGGGAAAUGCUGCUGCUUCCGGACAAGAACAGUCUAUAUCUGAACUCCCGGUACCAAAAGUCGGCGGUGCAGGUGAUACGAGACGCCAAAAGCGACCCCAUCCUACGCACAUUCGACCCCCGUCGACAGCUGCUUCGUUCCAGAGCACUGCAGCUUUCCCGCAGUCGGUUACGCCCGCUCAAAAUCAACGACCUGCCUCUAGACAUCCUGCAUAUCAUAUUUCACAACUUCCAAGAUGACGCUUUAACGGAAGGCUGGGAAUGCCAUCGCAGCGUCUGCUGGCAUGAAUAUACAAUCACUCAAACCCGCAGGCGAAGGCGGACGAUCUCUCAAACUCCAGACAUCGCGGCCGGCGUCCGGGGUAUCCAGAUUUCCCUUGGGUAUCGGCCUAAGGAGUACGCCGACGACAUCACGCGAUUUACGCGGGCGCGAUUACGAGCCCUGUCCAAGUUCGCAGGUCACUGUGAGCAUGACGUUGCCUACAACUACUGGCCACCCGAGAACUUUGAUGAAAGUAGCAAAGACGGAGAACUGGUGCAGAGGGCGGUCGAGUUACGGCGGGCAUUGGAAAAUUACAGGCGCCUUUACGAUGAGUGGGAUGAAUACGUCGAUGCGACCGUCCGCGGAGAGACACUCAUGGGGCCGCUCCCGGAGUGCCAGGCCAUCUUCCAGAAGGGAUACGCCGAGUAUUGUCGUUUGCAAAAGGAGCAACAGGACCUCCUCCGAAACUGCAACUUUGCAAAUGCACUUGCGGCAGCAGCUUCGCGGAUGCCAAACGUUCACUGCUUCAACUUCGUCGACGAGUGGCAUCCGAACGCUCCUGAACGCGACCACGCCGAGUGGCUGAACGACAAAAAGCUUAUUUUUUGCUCGAUGCAAGAUCCGCUGAAUUUCCAAGACGUCGAGGAAGAAUCGGUCUGGCCAGAAGAGGCGAUCUGUAAGCUCGAAUCCUUCGAUUUUGAUAUCGCAAAUUGCUGGGAUGGCAGAGAAGCUCCCCUCCCCGACAAAGACAAAUCCCAUCUCGACAAUUUCUUAGGGGCGAUCCUGUCUCGGUGUGGGCAACAACUGCGCAUAUUGAAACUUGACCUCAGGGACGUAUCCAUCAAUACCGGCAAAUACGAGGGCUCUGAAGAGGCGUAUCGCGCCGAUUCCAUUCUCAAUAAGCUGCGGAAGCUGCCCAGGAUACGACACUUGCAUCUUCGCUGCCUCGAGCUAGAGGGAAGAACGCUCAACGCUUUUUGCCGUGGCCUCGGCAGCAACCUUAGGCAGCUCAACCUGUCCGACGUCGUGGUACGCAACGGUGUCUGGGCAGAUGCCUUUGAUGUGCUGCGCAACAAGGCGGCAGCAGCAGGUAUGGUCACGGGUCCGGUACAUGAAAUUGACACGUCUUUUAGCCGUCUUCAUGGAGCCGAGUUUACUAUGACAGACCCGUUGCCGUUGGGGUUUGGAGGUCCUGAGUAUCAAUCAUAUCAUUAUUCGCCCCACGAAAACUCGCUGGAGCAAGCGGCGGAAUGGUAUGUGGAAGGCCUUCUGGACUCCAACCCAUUAAGAGGGCCGAGUUUGAAGGAUAUUUCCACCUGUGCAUACGGGAUUCCGUUUCCUUGUAUCACACACAUUUAG